AUGAAGCCCCAAGAUGUCGAAAAGGCCCACAGCACCCCGUCCUUUGAGAGCGUAGCUCAGUUUGAACUCAAUAAAAGCGCCUCCAACAGCUCCUCCGAUGCUACAGUUGUCGAAAAACCCGACAUUCAGCCGCCCCAAUCAAUGUUCCAGCGAUGCCUUGCUUGUCUAAAGGGUAUGGAGAGCAGGGGCAUUGAGCCUGUUCCCCUUGAAAAGCGGGAGGAGGUUACGCCGUCGACUUCGCUGCACAUGAUGCUCAUGUGGUUUAGUAUGACACUUGCUACAAAUAAUAUUGUCGUCGGGUCGAUGGGCACACUUGUCCUAGGUCUCAGCUUCAAAGACGCGGCUUUGUGUGCCAUUUUUGGAUGUAUAGUCGGUACUUCUAGUAUUGGUUAUAUGAGUACAUGGGGUCCUAGAAGUGGAAACCGAACCCUGAUCGUGGCCCGCUACUUCAUGGGCUACUAUCCAAGCAAAGUUUGUUGUGCCCUCAACGUCUUCACCAAUAUCGGGUACAGCAUGGUGAACAGUGUCGUCGGUGGCCAGAUCCUAUCAAUGGUCUCCGGUGGCCAUUUAUCAGUCAUAGUUGGCAUCAUUAUCAUCGCAGGCUCAAGUUUGGUCAUGGCACUAUUCGGCAUGCGCAUCUUCCAAAUAUAUGAACGAGUUGCUUGGCUACCCCAGCUCAUGGUAAUCUGCGUCAUGCUGGGCUCAGCAGGACCUCACUUCGACUUCAAUAUCCAAACAGCCUCACCAGAGUCUCUAAGCGCCAAGCGCAUCACCUUCUUCUCUCUAAUUCUGUCUAUUGCUCUCGCAUGGGCUCCCCUCGCCGCAGACUAUUACGUCUACUAUCCACCCCAUAUGAAGCGCUGGCGAACGUUCCUGGUGACCGUCCUCGGUGCCGCCCAAGCCAUGACUAUCACUCUCCUUGUUGGCAUGGGACUAGGCACUGUGAUAGCAAGCUCAGCAUACUAUUCUAGCAAAUAUGGCACCGGCCCCGGAGGCGUGCUGAUGACAGCCUACGACAGUCUGGGCGGUUUUGGUAAAGUCUGCGCUGUGAUCAACGUCCUUGCCUUGGUUGCAAAUAACACUCCUGGGGCUUACUCCAUGGGCAUGAACUUGCAAAUGCUCGGUGGAUUUCUCGGCAAGAUCCCACGACCUAUCUCUACGACUCUCGCCACGGUUGUCUAUGCUGCGUGCGCGAUGGGAGGUCGCAACUCUCUCUACGAAGUCUUCAAAUCCUUCUUGCCUCUCAUUGGAUACUGGGUUGUCAUCUUCUUUGUGAUUGUCGUGCAAGAGGACGCUAUUUUCCGUCGGCGCAAAGGAUACAAUUGGUCUGCUUGGAAUACUCGUGCUCAACUGCCCAUGGGGCUUGCGGCGAGUGUUUCUUUCUUUGUUGGAUGGGCUGGUGCGAUUGUAGGCAUGUCCCAAGCAUAUUAUACAGGCCCAAUCGCGAGGCUCACUGGUGGAGCUGACUUGGGUCUCUGGCUGGCCGCAGGCUUUACAAUGCUGUCCUUCCCGCCCUUGCGGGCAUUGGAGCUGCGGUAUAUCGGUCGCUAA